GAGUCUUCACUGAGUCUUCACUGAGCCUUCCACUUCUCUUGUCUUUCGCGCUUCGGCUUCUUCCGAACUUUUUUAUUUCGCACAACGCCGCAUCAGCUCACCAGCGACAUGAACCCUUGCUGCUCUUCCAGUCACUGUUCUACUCAUUGCUAGCAUCUCUAGCAUCAUCAUUACAUCGGCAGUAUGUCUGGCCCUGAGGAGGAUAUCCGGGCCUCUGACAAGGAAGCUGCGACACAGACAGUUGCUGCCUAUCCAGAAAAUUCAACCUAUCCCGAAGGCGGUUAUGGUUGGAUUUGUGUAUUAGGAUCUGCACUCAUCUUCUUCAAUGGCUGGGGCUUCAGUAAUGCAUUUGGCGUCUUUCAAACCUACUACGAAAUACAAUUCCCUGACUCUUCAGCGUCUGUCAUUGCAUUGAUUGGAUCUCUGCAAGCAUGUCUGAUUGAAGGCACAGGGAUGCUCGUUGGCGUCUUUGUGGACCGGUAUGGUAUGCGGCCUGUCAUGUUGGUAGGCGCUAUACUCCAAGUCGGUGCACUCCUUGCCGCCUCCUUCAGCACAAAAAUCUGGCACCUCUAUCUCUCCCAAGGUGUCAUGUACGGUCUUGGUGCAGGAGCCUUGUAUAUCGUUGCAGUCAGCGUACCUGGACAAUGGUUCCACAAGCGGAAAGCAACAGCAUACGGCAUCUUGUAUACCUCGUCUGGUCUUGGCGGCGUCCUGUGGCCGAUUAUUCUUACGCAACUGUUUGGUAAAGUUGGUUUUGGCUGGACGAUGCGCAUCACCAUGUUCAUCACACUCGUUCAAGUAGUCAUUGGCUGCCUAUUGCUACGUGAGCGGCCGCUCUCACAACCUUCUGCAGAUGCAGACGAAAAGUCUGGUCGUGCGCAAGAACCUCGCGUGGAAGUGCAAGACGUCAACAUCUACAAAAGCAAAACCCUCUGGUACUGUGCAGCAGGUUACUUCAUCCUCAGCAUUGGUAUGCUCUCUCCCAUGUUUUAUAUCGGGACGUUUGCAAAAGUUAAUGGCAUGUCGGAUCAUCUUUCAUUUUACCUCCUCUCCAUGCUCAAUACAGCGAGUAUCCCUGGUCGAACGAUUUGCGGAUGGCUCGCAGACCGUUAUGGUCGUAUGAACGCCCUCUGCGUCUCCAUCUUUGCUGCAGCGCUCGUUCAACUCAUCAUGUGGAGCACUAUCCGGACCAAUGCAGAAAUCAUCUUGUUUAGUUGUUUCUAUGGCUUCUCUUUUGGUGGCCUCAUCAGUCUUAUGCCGGCUGUCACAGCCCAAGUCUGCGGCCAACAGAAACUCGCCUCCAAGUUUGGUGUUGUGAGUGCUUUAGGCGGGGCAGGGACAUUGGUCGGUGCACCCAUUGCUGCACUCUUCAUUGGAGACUCGCCAGAGAGUUACUUGGGUUGUAUUUUGUUCAGUGGGUUUUGCAUGUUAUUGGCGACUGCGUGGUAUACAGGCCUGCGAUUCUAUACCGACAGACGGAUCUUUGUCGUUCUCUAAUUCAAUAUAAUAUGACACCAAGCGUAGCAUCUCUAGCAUUCAUCUGUAUCUCUUCCUCAUCCUCUGAUCUCUGGUUGCUGCUGAGUCUUGUCCCUGAAUC